UGUUCCAAAGUUCCCUGAACCCGUAACAUUUAAAAGACACUGUUCAUAUGGACAUGAAGCAUUACACUCAAAGGCUAUCACACUUUCUCCCCAUCAUGAAAACUUUGACUCUGGCUCUGGUUGUGUGUGUGGUGAUAUCACUGGCUAAUGCUCACUGCUUCUUUAGGCAAAUCGAUCCCGACGCUACUCAUUGUCAGGACGAAUUGGAUGGGAGUUGGCAUGCAGUCGGGUCCUCAUGGAUAAGUAACUGCAUGAACUGCACCUGCUUCUCCUGUUGCUCUACGUACGCCAUUCCAUGGAUUUUCCCCGAAGAUGACUGUGAAUCUGUCUUUGACAAUUCAACGUGUGAAUACAUUGUGCGAAGAAAAGACAAUCCAUCUGUACUGUGUCCAAUCACGGCUGCAGUAGGGAAAUGAAGCCAUCGUUGACAUGUUGUUUUACCAUGAUGUCAGAUAAAUACAUUUUAUAAAAUGUGCUCUAAGCAAGAUAGAACCCCUAAAUUGAGUCACAUUUAUACAUUUGGAUAGUUUAAAUGAUGUCUUCACUUACUCACUUUAACAUGAAUGAAUUAUAAACACAAAUAAAGACUGCUGGUUAUUGUA